AUGCGCGCAAGGCUCCAGUCCUUCAACAACCGUCUCCCAAAGUUCCUUCGGUCAUACACAACGCCCCUUUUCAAUGCACCGGUCACACAUAUAACCUCCUUCCUGAUACUGCACGAAUUAACAGCUAUUCUACCUCUCUUUGGCCUCGUUGGAGUCUUCCAUUAUGGCGGAUGGCUGCCGUCCCUAGGAAAUGCCGAUGGCACCUCGUCAGUGGAUGAAGGAGUCAGGAAGUUUGGAAAAUGGCUUCGAAAGCGAGGAUGGGUUCAGGAGGAUGCUGAGGAUACACCUACCUCAGUCGGCGGGCCAGCAACUACGAACGAGAAAUUAGGACACAGCGAGGACAGCGCUGCUGAACUUGCCGCCAAGGAUAACCAAGGACUGCGGUUGAUACUGGAGUUUGCAACGGCAUACGCGAUUACGAAGGCUUUACUACCAGUAAGGAUUGCGUGGAGCGUAUGGGCCACCCCCUGGUUUGCAAGGACCGUUAUCGGACCCUUAGGCCAGGCCGUUACGCGUGUGACAACUGCAUAUAAACGAAGAUAG